AUGGCGGUCCCUAACCAAGCUUCUGUGCGUCUCCUGCUCUGCCUGGGCAUGGUGUCGCUGUGCCAUGGUAUUAGGCCCACCGCCAACUAUGCCAUGAGCGUUCCACUUGGCCGCAUGGGGGACGACGAUGGCGUGUGGUUCACUCCACCGAUGAAUCCAUUGGGCUCAUGGCAUCAUGGCGUGCCCCAGUACGCUGGUGGCGGCGGUGGCGGCAGCGGUCGUGGCUACUCUUAUCCACCGUAUAAUGGUGGUGGCAGCGGUGACGGUGGUGGCAGUGGUGGUGGUAGUGGUGGUGGUGGUGGCGGUAGUGGCGGUGGUGGCGGCGGCGGCUAUUCUUAUCCUCCUUAUAAUGGUGGUAGCGGUGGCCACAAUUGUGGUGGCUGUUCAGGUUGUGAAGCGCCAGGCCGUGGCUGCAAUUGCGGUUGUGGCUGUCCAAUUGUUGGCUCUUGGCCUGAAUAUUCCGGCAACGACCAGUCGGCUAAGAGGGGGAGCAAUAUGCCGGAAAAGAAAGAUGCUGAGGGCAGCUACAACCCAUAA